AUGGCCAGCCCACGGUCUAAUGAGGAUCGCCUUCGAGCGAGAAAACCGCUCCCGACUCCAUAUCCAGCAUAUCUGCCUACCGCCGGGUCGCCUUUGACUGUCGACCAAGAGUUGUACCAGUCGAUCCAGCAAGGCUCAAGAGCAUUGGUUGAUUCAUUUACUCUGCCUAUUCGUUCUGGUCGGGCCUGGAAGGCUCCAGCGAAGAGUAUUGUCAGGAUCAGUACACCAGAAGGGCCUCAAGUUGGUGACUUGAAUAUUUGGAACGCCUCCAAUCCACGAGAAAGGUUCUGGGCUUCUCGCACCAAACAGCUCCAUUCUUCCCAUGUAACAACAUACGAUCGCCUUUGGUCCUGUCUUCCAUUCAUGCGUCCCCUGUGCACAAUCAUUGCCGACUCUCUUUCUUGGUAUGGGAAAGACGAGACGGGCGGACGCGUACAUGAUCUUCUUGGCACCAGAUGCGACCCGUAUAUCAACACCCUCUUAUCCGGACCAGAAGCAUCGUAUGACUAUCACUGCCAUUCCAAUCUCACGAGAGCAGUGGUGCCUUUUGGUCUCCAUGAAUCGGAUGUCCACGACGUUAUCAACUUAUUCCAGGUGACCGGAUUGGAUUCACAAGGAAGAUACUUUAUGAAUCCAUGCCCUGCGGAGCCUGGAGACUUUAUUGAGUUUUUCGCUGAGCAAGAUCUGCUAAUGGCAUUGUCGACAUGUCCCGGAGGAGACCUGUCCCUGUGGGGAUUUGGGAGUGACAGCGAGAAGGAAAUGAUUAAAUGUUGUAGGCCGUUGACAGUAGAAAUCUUCAAACUGAUCGACGAAGAUAAAAUCCUGGCGGGAAGAUGGAAACCUGCAGAAAGGCCCGAUUACCGGGGUGUCCAUGGCAUGAAAGUUCCUGAAGGUGAAAAGAGGUGGUAA